AUGGCAAACCCUACACUCCUUGCGAAUUGGUUCCCAAACCAUACAGCCAAGGCUCCCUCCUUGCGCAAUGCUCCCAGAUUCUACCGCAACUUGGAAGAGGCGCUCGACCUACGUCGCGCCGAGCGCAGCGUCUUCAUGGUCCGAAGCAACGAGCCCGCUCCAGGAAGCAUUGACUUCAGCACUCUAGACUUUCUCCAUCUCACUGCUAGCGGACUCAUUCGCGAGGCUUUCCUCCAAGAGCUAGCGGAGAACCCAAACUUUGAACUUGGUGCCGGUGGCUCGCGUCUCUUGAACGGGAACAACGCAUACAUUGAAAAUGCGGAGGCUACAAUUGCGGAAUUCCAUAGCGGUGAGAGUGCUCUGCUUUUCCACUCGGGCUUUGAGGCCAAUACAGCCAUCAUGGCCGCCAUUCCGCGACCAGGCGAUGCUAUCGUUUUUGACGCGUUGUGCCACGCUAGUAUGCAUGAGGGCAUGCUCGCAAGCAAAGCAUUGUGUAAGGAAUCGUUCAGGCACAAUGAUGUCGAAGACUUCCGUGAAGUCUUAUCGCAUGUUCUCAACACCGAGCCACUCAUCAAGGAGGGCAAGCGGUCUGUGCUGAUCUGCCUGGAGUCGAUGUAUAGCAUGGAUGGCGACGUUGCGCCUCUACGGGAGCUUGUCGAUGUUGCCAAAGAGCUCUUCCCUGAUGGAAAUGCCCAAUUUUUGGUUGAUGAAGCGCAUACCACGGGUGUUUUUGGGCGUCAGGGACGAGGCUUUGUAAGUGAGCUGGGCCUUGAAAAUGAAAUUGCAAUCCGUAUGCAUACUUAUGGAAAGGCAUUAGCUACAACAGGAGCUGUUGUGGUUUCCAAUCGCACCAUUCGUGAGAUACUGAUUAACAAUGCUCGCUGCUUCAUCUAUUCGACUGCACCUUCUUUUCCCAUGGUUGCUGCUAUCACUGCCGGGUACAAGCUUAUGAACAGUGGCCAGACGCAGCCGUUGCAAGACAAUAUCCAACAUCUGGUGAAAUACUUCUUUGAAACCAUCACAGAAAAUCCAGUCUGGGACGAGGCGAACGAAGAGGGUAUUCUCUCUAUUCCACUUGCUGAGGACUGGGAGUCUCGCCCAUUCCUCACGCAGGUGGUUCCAGUAAUGACCCGUCAGCGGUAUACCCUCUGGCUGUGCUAUCACAUGCAGCUGGCCGGCAUUUGUGCCUUUCCUAUCGACUACCCUGUGGUUCCUAAAGGGCAAGGCCGUCUGCGUGUCGUAUUUCAUGCCACUAAUACCAAAGAGGAAGUGGAGAAGCUUGCAGAGACAAUUUGUGAAUGGGCACAAGAGAUGCUUGAUAUCGAAGCCAGUGGUAAAGGUAGUGGUAAAAUACCCACAGCUGCACGGCGGGUGCAAGCUCAGCAGGCCGCAGCGGAAGCGAAUGGAAAUGGCGUAUGA